UAGCUAUGGGCACCUGGCCCAUUCCUUUCCUAGAACACAUUACAGUUCUUUGGAGAACAGUCAGAGUCAAGGUAACAGAAAGGUAACCCAUUAUUUUAGUAGGAAAAUACAUUUGUUCAUGUCAGUCAAUAAAGUGGAACCUGAAAUGGAAAAGCAACACUCAAGAAACAUAGAAGCUGCAGACAACGGGAGAGCAAGGGUGGAAAAUUAUGAAGAUGGUGGAGCAGGUGGUGUUGGUUGCUGUGGAAUAAUCCUGAUAGCCUGUUCUUUUCUUUUAAUUAUCCUGACUUUUCCAAUUUCGAUCUGGCUUUGCAUAAAGAUUGUGGCAGAGUAUGAGAGAGCUGUCAUCUUUCGACUUGGGAGGAUAAGCAAAGGAGGAGCCAAAGGACCUGGAAUGUUCUGGAUCAUCCCCUGUGUGGACACAUUCCGUCGAGUUGAUUUGAGGACAGUAUCAUUCAAUAUCCCUCCACAGGAAGUUUUAACGAGAGACUCUGUGACAAUCAUGGUGGAUGCUGUUGUGUACUAUCGUAUCUUCAACCCCUCAAUUGCCAUCACGAAGGUAGAGAAUGCAGACCAGGCUACCAAGAUGCUUGCUCAGACAACACUGAGGAACAUGCUGGGGACAAAGAACCUUUCUGAGAUACUGACUGACCGAGAGGAGAUGGCAGAUCAGAUGGAGCAUGUGCUGUAUGAUGCAUCAAAGGACUGGGGCAUCAAGGUGGAAAGAGUGGAGCUCAAGGAUGUCAAACUCCCAAUGUCACUGCAGAGAGCUAUGGCUGCUGAAGCAGAGGCUUCUCGGGAGGCCCGUGCAAAAGUCAUCGCAGCAGAAGGGGAGAUGAAUGCAUCCCGUGCACUGAAGGAAGCUGCCUUAGUCAUGUCUGAGGCUCCUUCUGCCCUGCAGCUUCGCUACCUGCAGACUCUGUCAGAGAUCGCUUCUGAGAGGAACUCCACCAUCCUGUUUCCCAUUCCCAUUGACUUCAUGUCCUCAUUUAUGAAGCAGAAAUGAGCAUCGCCCCCCUAGACAGCCUGGCCUGGCCCUCACGCAACUCUGUUAAGAGUAAAGGGGUUAAUUGUACUAUGUUUUCAGAUAAAAAAGAGCACUUCGACCAUGCUUAUCUUAUUGAUUGAAAAAUCUCAGCUAUCCAACUUCUGCACUUUGACAGUUCAUCUCAGAAUCCUAGAACUCUUUUGCAAAAAAAAUCCUUUUGUCCAUCUUCAAUUCUCUCCACUUAAAUUUCACCACUGAUGAAAUAGUCUUUAAAGAGAGGCUGAUGGGUCUCUAGAAUAAGCUGAUUUCCUAAAAUCUUCAAGAGAGAACUGUGUGAAAUAUUGGAAUCAAUAAGUGACAAGCAACCAACCGAGCAUUAUGGAUAUAUUGGGCUCCUCUUGUUUAUAACCAUUCUAAGGGUCCUCGGCUCCUACAUUUGACCUGAGCUGGAAGUGAUGGUUUGGGUUGACACUGUAAAACUUUAACAUAUAUUGAUUUGACUUUUAUGUGGAGAAAUAUAUAAUAUAUAAUACAAUAUAAUAAGUGUUUUUAUCACUUGGGAACAUACCUAUUUACUAUAAAGUACUGGUAUUUUUAAAAACAUUAUAGUACAAUGUAUUUUUAGAAAAAGUAUAGCUUUUUUGCUAUUUUUUAAAGAAAGAUCGAUAUUAAACCAUGAGUUGAUUUUUGUUGUUGGGGAAGAUUAAUAAUUAUUAAUGUCUGUCACUGAAGACCCACAAAAGAAACAUUUCUGUAAAUUUUAUUUAAGAGUCUACUGUAUCUCUAACACUACCUCAGAGUAAAAGGAUGUGAACCAUACUUUUUGAGAAGCGAAAAAAAUACUUGUGUAUAGCAGUAGAAAAUAAUAUCAUGUUACCGUACAUACAGAUGAACAGAAACUCAAUAAAGA